AUGAAUAAAAAGUAUAUGAAAAAUUUAAAUUAUUAUUUAAAUAGAUAUAAAAAAAUUUUAAAAUAUAAUAAAAAUAGAAUUAAAUUAAAAUAUAUUUUAUAUAAAAAAUAUAUUUUAAUUAUAAAAAAAUUUAGAUAUUUAAAUAUUAUAUAA